AACACUCGUGAACCCGGAGAGCAGCUCCCCUUACAGCUGUCUGCACUGCACAUAAAAUUAGACCCCCAGACAGUCGUACUGUAGGCUCCAGCACGAGAUGGACCCAAGUUACAGCCCCAGCCUUUACUUUGGAAGCUGUACGAGCUGCAGCAAAGCGGUGUACGGUGAAGGCAGAGCCUGCCGGGCGAUGGGACAUUUAUUCCACAAGGCUUGUUUCACCUGCAGCAUUUGCAGUGAACAGCUCAGUGGGAAGUCUUUUUACACAGUGUCAGGAAGAAUCUACUGUGAGGAUGAUUUCCUGUGCUCAGGAGCUCAUGCAUCCCCAGAAGUGUGUGACAGCUGCGGGUAUUUAAUUAUGGACAUGGUCUUGCAGGCUCGUGGGAAGUCCUACCACCCGUCCUGCUUUCGCUGUGUGGUCUGCAGACAGAGCCUGGAGGGCCAGCCCUUUUCUGUGGACACAGACAGCAGAGUUUACUGUGUCAGUGACUACUACAAGGUCAGAGCUCCUCUGUGUGCUGCGUGCAGAGUGCCGAUACUGCCAACUGAGGGGUCUACAGAGUCUAUUCGAGUGGUAUCAUUGGACAGAAAUUACCAUGUAGAGUGCUACAGAGGGGAGGUUAACCUCAUAUGAAGACAUAUCUCUGUUUUUUUCUGUCUUGUUUUGUAACUGUGAAACAUUAAAAAGAAGAUAAAGUUUA